CUACCGGAGGGACACCUACCGGAGGGACACCUUCCGGAGGUACACCGCCAUGCCCACCUACUUGGAGCCAGUGGCAAGACAAAUGUUACAAGAUGCAUGAUGCCGACGUAACAUGGGAAGAGGGAAAGCAGAUUUGUGUUGCGUGGGGUGGGGUGAUGGUUGUCCCUCGAUUCGAAGGAGAGAUGCAACACCUCGACACGAUGUCCAGUGGCCAAUGGUUCUUGAUUGGUUGCAACGACAUUCAAACUGAAGGUACCUGGGUGUGUCUGGAUGGAGGUACUAUUGACGUGCAGGACAAGAGAUGGGAGUACAAUCAGCCAGAUAAUUACUACAACGAAGAUUGCGCUGAAGUCCGUGCUGCAGGCUGGAACGAUAUUCCUUGUGACCUUAUAACACGCAAUUUAAUCUGUCAGCGUUCCGUAUGAGCAACACUGUAGCUCCCACGAAGGGUUGCCCAAUAUUCUAUUCUGGGCAAGUAUUUUUUUUUUUUGAAAGGACACAUUGCCUUCAAAUUUCUCAAAAUGUUGCAGUUUGGAGUGAAUUGUUCAUUAUCUCUUUUUAAGAGUUGUUCAUGCACAAAACACUAUUUAAAGUCCAGUUUAUCUCAGAACAAUUUCGCUUAUUACCUUUUUGAAUCUUGCUAUAAAGUUCACUGUGCAGUAAGAGCUAACAAACUGUUAGAUUUGGUUAUAAUAAUAAUUUCAUGAUUGUGUAAAAGAUAACUUUAGCAGUCGAUAAAUUUACAAUUUUGAUAGAAUGAAAUGACGUCAUUGUUUAAAAGAAGUUCAACAACUUUGUUUUCCUUUCUUGAAAGAAAGCCUAUUAAUUUCAAAAUAAUAAUUUAAAAGUUGCUUUUGGAAGCUCACUUAUUAUGUGAAGGUUUUGCAGAUUAUUGUAUUAAUCUUUUCCGGAAACUCUUUUCUCCGGCUGCCAUCUCAAUAUAUAUAUAUAUUUUUUUUGACUCCAUAACGAAUAAAAUACUUCUUCAAACAUGGAGCAUAUGCAUUCCAUGUAUACGCCGUGUACUGGAAACACUUGACCUUGUUCAGAAACGUUUUGAAACAAUAAUAUUAAUUCAGUUGGAAAGCCAAAGCUAAAAUGAUUUCAUUUGUCAGAAUCUACUCCACGUUAUCAAAAAGGAAACUCCUGAACAAGUCCCCUUGUUGUUCAAAGAAUUAAGACGCCUGGUUUCUUUGUUCAACCCCAAAAAUCUAAAAGAAUAAUGACAUACAUUAUUGGAGGUAUUCUGUAUUUCUAAAUGCCCAACAUUCUCAUUAAAAUCACAGGAAUGAAUGACUUCCUUAAAUACUUUAGGUUUAAAGUUUCUGACUAUUAUCAUACUGCCAACGUCUUGGUCAUGUUCCUAGUAUACAAUAACAGUACUAAAUGCUAAUAUUCACUGUACAAAAAGAAACCAGAUUAUUUCUCCUUCUAGUCUCGGUUUGGUUACAUUGGUAUAUGGACGUGGGAUAUAAAGAUGGCCGCACCUUGAUAAUGGUCUCGAAUGACGUUUGGUUUUGUGAUUUCGCAUUAAGGUUAUUUUUUUUACAUUAAAUAUUCUGAAAAUGUUUCAAAUAUAAGUUGAGACAUUCU